AUGGAGGGAGGUCAGAACCUGAGAGGACUCACAGUCAGAGGAGUUGGCAAUCCGUGUGGAAUGGCCACCAACAAAAUGGAAAUGAAAGAGAUUGCUAAACACAAGACACUAUGGAAAAUGAACUCAACCAGUGAACCUUUAUUAGUUACUGGUGUAGAUGUCAGUCCUUUGAAGAAAUUCACCAUUCCCAAGAUCAGGAGGACAGCUGGGAAAGUUUACUUGUCACCUUGUUGCACCAAUACCAGAGAAUAUAGUUUCAUACAUGAUACUCUUAACCAGUGCCGGCUUGAUGUAAGCUGUGAUCUGCAGUCAUCAUGGCAGUUUGGGGACACAAAACUGGUUCACAAUGAGGAUCUGGAAAAAAAUUUUGCUUCUAAGAGGUCAGAGAUGCGUGAGAGUGGAAGACAUGGCAGAGAACUCGAAGAACAUUUCUGCUUUUUAGCACUUCCUCAGAGAGAUGUGGCUGAGAUAUAUCGGAAUGGGAUAAGUACCAAGGCAUCUACAUUGAAGAUAUUAGGAAAUCCUCUUCUUGGAAUUUAUAUAUUUAGACAUGUUGAUGUUGCCUUGAAUUAUGCUCAUAGUAGAAGCAUUACUGUAGAAAGUAUUAUAAUUUUUAAGGUAUACUUCUAUGAAUACAAUGUUCUUUCAAAGCCAGUAGAUAAACCUAGGCAGUGUCUUCCAUAUGCAAUAGUAACAGUAAAAUUUAUUGGUCAGAAAGUAGAUAAUGGACACUUUAUGACGUCUUUGAGAUUUCUCUCAACAGGAUUUCCUAAGAGAGCUGAAAGAACAUGCUCUCUGAAUAACUGUACAGUGGCUAAAAGAAUUGGAAAAGGAAAAGAUGCUACUGUCAUCUUUGAGCAUUUCAGGAAACCUGUAGAUCCAUUUGUUCAAGAAAACUGUUCAUGCAAUACACUAAAUUCAGAGAUAAAUCCUCCCGACUCAAAUAUUUCUAAUUCCUAUGGAAAUGUGCAGAAUGGAAAUAUUUCUGUGCUUGAAACACACAGUGGACAGAUGGAGCACAAUGUAGCAGAAUGUGGAGAUACUUCUCAAGUACAUGCGCAAGAUUCAGCUCUUUCAUUUAUUCCCAGUGAUACCAGAGAAAGUGUUAGUGGUGACCUCUUGUUAGAUUUGACACAACUUAAAAAUAUUUUAAGUGGUCUUUCUGCUGCUUUUCCAGUUCAUAACAAUAUUGACUCGAGCACAGUUAUUACUUCAAAACUCAUUAAAGACCCAAGACUGAUGAGGAGAGAAGAACGCGUGGAAAAACAUAAUAAUAUUACAGGUUUAAAUGAGAUUUUGCCAUUUCAGAAGAGUUUAGAUGUUGUUGAUUCAGAAAUAAACCUAACAUCUAUGCCAAUUAAUUCUGUCUCCUCAUCUAAAGUCAUUCCUGGUGAUCAUGCUAUUCUUACUAAUUGUUUGGAUGCCCCUGGCUUUGCAGUUUCUUUUGAUGAUUCACAGUCUCAGGCUCACAUCAUGGGCUCUAACAGCUGUAAUUAUACACCUUCUAAUAUAAUUACCUUGGCAGGACAACAUGAGGGCCAAGACAAUUUUUCCUUCCCAAUGUGUUUGUCAAAUGUAGUUUCAGAAGUUGAGAACCAAAACCACAGCGAGGAAAAAGCCCAGAGAUCCCAACAGAGAAGCAACAUCCCACUUUUAAUUGAACAAAACAGUAAGCCACAUAACUCUUAUGAAUCAGUGAAUACUUCCAACAAAGGGAACAAUAGUCACAUCUCUCGGGAAUCACAGUCCUCUAAUUUAGAAACUAACUAUCAGACUGGUCACCAGAUGGCGACAGUUCUUCCACUCCAAAGGAAAGAAAGCAUACAUGAGUACAUUCAAAAUACUGGAAAGAUGAGACACUUCACUGGCCCAGAAGACAAUUUGAAACAAAGAGAAAAGCAAAAUUGGUGGAAAGAAACUGAUAAUUAUUUUACUAAUGAAACAAAAAUCAGUCCAGUAGAUAAUUACAUUUCUUUGCACGAAGAAUUCAAAGAGGUUGAGAGUCCUGAUUCUUCUGGAAAAAAUUGUGAUCAAAUAUUAAUUACACAAGAGUUAGAAAUACCAAAAUCUUCCACAUCUACCACAAAGCAUAAGUAUGAGCUAGAUCAUCUAGCUUUGGAGUUACAAAACAGUCUUACUCCAAGAGGAGGGAACCUUUCACAAAAGCAUCCUCAAUACUCUUUGGAAUAUGAAGAUAACAUUCAUACAAGUUUUGCGAUUUAUCAAAAUCUAAUGGAACUGAAAUUGGAAAAACCAAAUCAGAAUUGUGUUAGCAUUAUGACUGAUGCUUUCCAGGAAGCAAAAGACAUUCCUCCAGCCAAAGAACUGCCAAUUGAUACAGUUAUUUCGUCUCAUGACACUAAGACAGCUCGUGACAAUUCAGUUUGCAACAUAGCUAGAGAACAUAUAUGUGUCCGUGGAGAAAAUCAAAAUGAUCCAUUGUCAUUAGAGAACAUUCAAAGAGACUGCAAAGAAACUUCUCAAAUUGACGAUAAAGGUCAAGAUUAUAGUCAGUUCUGUAAUGCUCAGUUGAACAAUGAUAUACACCUGAAUAUUGAUUUCAAAGAACAAAGAGAUAAUGAUAAAGCAAACCAAAAUGAGGCUAAAGAAGAAGACAUUGCUUCAUCUACAGAAAACAGCAUAGAGUAUAUAUAUGGAGAUGAGAAGCAGAGUUUUCAUACAAACAAAAAUUUCACCAAUAUAGGUGAAAGGAGGGAGAAUAAAAAUUACAAUAGUGUAGAAAUUCUGAGUUCCAAAGGUUUUUGUACUACAUUAAAUUUGACUUGGGGAAAAAAGUGUGUGUCAACAGAAACUACAUUGUUAGGAAGUGGAGAUAGUGUCAGUGUCAUAAAACAAAAAGAUAUUCAAAAUAGUGGAAGGAGUGUAGAACAUUUAGCUUCCACAACAUUUCCUGUGAUUUCAGAUUCUUCAGUGCAUGUAGCCUCAAAUGCGGCAGUACAGAUAGCUGAUACUGUGAUGCCUGCGUUAGGCACAAAUCAUGAGCAUCACCAGAGAUACCAGUUUAAAGAAACUUGUUCUUCUGAGAGUCCAGAUUUUGGUUUGUUAGUAACACAUAGGGUUUCUGAUUGUGAAAUGGAUGUGGGUAAAAAUAAAUUACACGACUCGUGUCAUCAAUCAAUAAGUGACAACCCAGUUCUUCUAAGUUUCGAAAAUGAGAUUGAAGUUGGAUCAGAACGGUGUGAUUAUGCUUUUCUAUUUCAACAAGAUACUCAGAGCCGUGGAAGUGUACUGUGUGAAGAAUUUGGGGCCUCAUAUGAGGCUCUGCAGUCUCGUAUAGAUUGGGAAGGUCUAUCGACAAGCAGUAAUGGGGAGACAGAAGUUUUAAAAAGCACCACAAGAAGAGAGAACAGUGAUCAGCAUUACUCUGAGGAAAGUAAUUCUCUUUAUUCCACUACACAAAAAAACAAAGCACAGCUUUUCAACCCAGUUUUACUUCCAGAUCUUCAAGUUAGCAUUACUAAUAUAUUUAUGCCAGGAGACAGUCCCACUGUUGAAUCCGUUGCACUGAAAGAUAAUUUUUGCAAAUAUAUAACUGAAGCCACAAAACCAGAAAUAAAUGAGGAAGAGGGAGAAGUUCCAAAGUUUAGAAUUUACUCCCAGUGUUCUGGUGAAAAUUUAGAUUAUUCACGUGAAGAUGAAUUUGGUAACAUGAGGCAUGACUCAGAACCAGUGAGUAAAUCUGAAAUCUCACUUUCUUUUAACUUGAGUCGUAAUUCACAUGUGAAUCAGAUGUCUGAAAAACAAAACAGUGAACUUUUGCUUACUGAACCUUCUAAUGUCACAACAAUAAAUAACGAAAGCAGAUGUUCCUUGACAAGGUCAAAAACUGAUUGUAUUGAUGCUAGAAGUAAGAAGGACACAGAAGCAAGAAUUAGCAAAAGAAAGCCACAUACACUUUUUAGGGACCAGAACAUACCACGUAAAGAUUUAAGACAUCACGAAAUUAGUGAGACGCAGCAGCAGCUAACCAGUCAAGGCUCAUCUGAAUGUUUUUCUGCGUUAUCCCAAGGACGAAUUAAGACCUUUUCACUGUCAGAAAAACACAUUAGGAGUGUCCUGGAUAUUCUAAAUAGUGAAGCAUCUUUAUGCAAAAGCAAACGUCUUUCCAGAAGACUUGACAGAGCUGUUCUUCACUUAAAAAAAGCUCAUAGAAGAGUUCACACAUCUUUGCAGCUUAUAGCUAAAGUGGGAGAAAAGAGAAAAGGCCCAUUACCAAAAUCAUAUGCAAUAAUAUGCAAUAAUUUCUGGGAAAGUUGUGACCUUCAUGGUUAUAGUUCUGUGUCUGAAAGAAGAUAUUAUUCUCCUAAGCAUUUCUUGUCAAAAAGAAAAUACGACAAACCAGGAGAGAAAAGAGCUUUGGGAUUUGAAGUCAAUAAAUCAUUAACUCCUGUAUCAAAACACAAGUCUUAUAAAACAAGCGGAGAGAGAAGUACAGAGUGCCUUUCUAAGAAAAAUGUGGCCAGCAGUGUCUCUAGAAGUCAUACCACUAUUCACAUGAGAGAAUUUUGUGAUCAAGAGUAUCCUGAAUCACAGUUACCCCUGUGUUCCACUUCCCAAAGUACAAGUCAGUCAACUUAUAACAAUAGCAGUAUGAGAAAUCCAAGAUCAUCAGAACUUCAACCCUUUUCUGGAAAAACUGGGUGUUUGUUUUCCCUAGGAUGCCCAGAUGCGAAACUAACUAAAAAAGAAAAUCAAACUGACAAAAAGUUUUUAUCUAACAUUAGUAAAUAUGAAGAGCUUGAGAACCAUUCAGCACAUAAUAUUAAGGAUGCAACAAAGGAAAACAAUUCUGAGGCUAAUGAAGUAAUAAAUAAAAGUAAUUCAGUAUCUGUAAGUUGCAUAAAGGAAAACAAUGUAAGUUUUAGCACAGACAAAAAUUAUGAUGCAACUUGUAUGGCUGACACAAAGGUGAAAACUGACAUAGUUAUUUCAGUCUUAGAAUCAAAUGUGAAGCACUUUUUAGAUGUUGAUAUCUACAAACCAGAUAACCUUAUUUUAUCUGGUUAUAAAGGCAACCUGGAAGUAAAUUUUCCUGUAGAGAAAUGGAUAGCUCCUAAUGAGAACUCCGAACCAGGCAUUAUUACAGGAACCUUCUUUAUGAACCCGUUAAAUCUAACUCUGAUAUCAAGCAAGAAGUCUAACAGUAUUCCUCAGUUAUCAACCACUUUAGUGACAGAUAGUGAGGGAGAAUCUCACUGUUUGGAUAAACAGAGAAUUUUUGCUAUCGAUUCUUUUGCAACAUCCACCAAUGUACCGCCCUAUCAGCAAGAAUGUGGUGGAAAAGAACUUCUGAAGACAGAACAGUGCUCUUCAAGUAAUUGCUUCCAUAUAGAUGGAAAUGAAACAAAUGUUAUUGAGAAUUCUGAGUUGGGUCUCACAUCAGUAAAUGAAGAAAAUAAAUGUCAUGGGGAAAAUACAAUGAAGAAACUGUUCUCCAGUGAUAGUUCUCUGCUCUUAAAAGAUAAUAUAAAGGAUUCUUCUUCCAAAAAAUGUAUUGCAAAGAAAAACAUUCAGGACAGAAAAAUGUGGAAAGUUAAACAAGCAGAACAAGCAAAAGAUUUAAUUCACAAAAAAAGUGUGCCUGAAGGAUCAACUGUUAAGAUUGAGCACAAAAAUCAAAAGAAUAAGAUCUUAGAAGAAUCCUCCUGCUUAAGUGAGAAAACAAUUAAAAAUAACUUGAUUGAUUCUCAUCUAAGCAUUAAAAAUGCUACUGAGGCAGUCUCUUUGAAUAACACAAUUUCUAAUCAGCCUAACAAAAGAGAGAAAGAACGGGGAGUUAAAGUGAAUGACGACUCUCAUUCUGACUCUAUAUUGCAUUCAGAAAUAGCCUGUAAUUCCAUACCAGGCAUUAUAGGAAUGAAUCAUAUGCCUGUUUUACAUGCCCACUCUGAAACUUCCAAAAUCACUACUCCUCAGAAGAAGCCUACAUCAUAUGUGAAUGAAUUAAAAGAAAAACAUUGCUCAGCUAAUCAUUCGGCUCUUAUAGUUAGGCUUACUCAAAUUUUGAGGAGGGCAGAUGAAGCAUCCUCUUUGCAGACUCUACAGGAAGAAAGGAAUGUUUGUCAAAAUAUUCUCCCUUUAUUUGUUGAAGCGUUUGAAAGAAAGCAGGAAUGUUCAGUUGAACAAAUCCUGAUUUCAAGAGAACUAUUGGUAGAGCAAAACCUGUGGAAUAAUUGCAAACACAAAUUAAAACCGUGUGCUAUCGACUCCCUGGUAGAACUCCAAAUGAUGAUGGAAACUAUUCAAUUCAUUGAAAACAAAAAAAGGCUCUUAGGAGGUGAACCCACAUUUCGAAGCUUGCUUUGGUAUGAUGAGUCGUUGUACAGCGAGCUGCUUGGCAGACCACGUGGAUUUCAACAACAAUCCAAUUUCUAUCCUGCUUUUCAAGGAAGGUUAAAAUAUAAUGCGUUCUGUGAGUUGCAGAACUAUCUUGAUCAAUUAAUUGAAUUGUUUGAAGAAACUAAAAGAGAAAACAAUUCAUACUACGCGUUCUUAAAGUACAAACGGCAGAUUAAUGAGUGUGAAGCAAUAAUGAAGCAUUGUUCUGAUUGCUUUGACUUUUCUCUUUCUGUUCCAUUUACCUGUGGAGUUAACUUUGGAGAUAGUUUAGGAGACCUAGAAACCUUAAGAAAAAGUACUUUAAAACUGAUAAGUAUGUAUGGAGACUCUCCUAAAGUUCAUUCCUAUCCGGGAAAACAAGACCAUCUGUGGAUUAUCAUAGAAAUGAUUGCCUCAAAAGUUAAUUUUAUCAAGAGCAAUGAGGCACUAAGUAUUAAAAUAUCUCUUUAUGGUCUGGAACAUAUCUUUUUUGAUGCUGCAAAAAGUCUUGUUUGGAAAGAGAGGAGACGAUCUUUCAGCAAAAAAGACUCGGGAAAGAAGAACAAAGAAAUGCUACUCAGAAUGAAUCAAUAUGCUUUUUCUAAGUUGCAGAAAAUAUAUGAUACGUUGUCUAAAGAUUUAAGCAGUGAACAAAAUUCCAAUAUUGGGCUUGAGGAGAAUACUAUAAUUGCUUCCAGAAAGUCAGAUGAUCUAGUAAACAAAGCAGCAAUUAGCAUAGGAAACUGUAGGUUUAACAGUACUUUGCUUUCACACCCAGAUAUCUGUUUUAUUAGUGAAAUAUUGGAUCAGGCUGAAUUUGCAGACUUUAAAAAAUUACAGGAACUCACUUUGAGGUGUACCGAUCACUUAGAAAUUUUAAAAAAAUCCUUUCAGAGGCUGCAAGAAGAUAACAUAGAUAAUAUUUUCAUCACUGAAGAAAACGUUGUGGACAUGUUGAAAAACCAUAACCACGAGGCUGUAAUUUUAAAACCUGCAGCCAUUGAAACCUAUAUUGACAUUGUCAUGCUCUCUGAAACAGUUCAUUUUCUUAAAAACUCAAUGGCAAAAAAACUAGACAAACAGAGGUUUCGAGGUAUGCUUUGGUUUGAUUUGUCACUUCUUCCUGAGCUGGUUCGCUGCCAAGAAAAAAUGGCUUCUUUUUCAUUUCUUAAAGAUAACUCAACAGAUUGCCUUUGGAGAGUGAUAGAGACUUCUAUUUCUGAACUUAAAAAAGAUCUGGAUAUUAUCUACAAAUAUAAUGAAGCUGUUAAUUGCUCAUAUGCUCUUCAUUUGUUUUCAAGAGAACUUGAAGAACUUUCAGAAAUAAAAAAACUUCUAAAGAAAUCUAAGUAUUCCAUUUCCACGUAUAUUGACUUUGUGCCUUAUAUAGCAUCCAUAAAUUAUGGAAGCACUCUGACAGAGUUAGAAUACAACUACAAUCAGUUUUCUACACUGCUCAAAAAUAUAAUGGCUGCCCCUCGGAAAGAUUUAGGGAAAAUGGCCCAUAUUAUGAAAGUCAUGAAAACUAUUGAACAUAUGAAGAUAAUAUGUGCUAAAAAUGCUACAUUAACCAUUUCCUUUAUCCUAUGCCAAAUGCUACAUAACAGCAAGAAGACUUUCCAACUGGAGAGAAAAGAAAAAAUGAAUAUUCAUGUAAAACCUAGAAAGAGUAUCAAUAAAUCCAGUACUUGUAUGAAGGUGCCUUCAGUUUCAGAGUGCAUAAUGAAAAACGUUUCAAGUUCCUCUAAAAAACGACCUUUAACUAUAGACAAAUGGGAAGACUCUCAGGAACAAGAGAAAAAUACUACUGUUUCCAGUUGUAAAAAACAAAAGAUUAACAUGAAAGAUGUCACAGAAAUCAACAGAGAAAUGGCAGCAUUCAAGCAUCCGAGGACUACAAGAUCUCAUCCUGAAACUGAAAAUGAAAUAGCACCAAGUUCAUCUGACAAUCUGAAAAGAAACGAUGUAUCUCCAAAAAAGGUGGAAAUGCACAGAUCGCUACCCGGCUCACUUUUACCUUUAAAGAACCUAAAAGAUACUUGCACGUCCAAGUCAGAGGGCAAAAUAGAUUUAGCUAAUAUUUCAUCUGAUACUUCAGAAGAUUUUACUGGACAACAGGGAGACUUAAAUAGCAUGAAGAAAAGAGAUGUGAAUUUUAGUGCUGCUGAAACCGAGAGUCAUGAGCAAGAUUGUUCUUUUGCAAUUUGUGACCAGAAAAGUGUGGAAGGCACAUUUUCAAAAGACCAUGAGACACUUUUACAGAAAUUUCUUAAGAAUUCCCCAGAUCCUCCAGAACAAUCUUGUCCCUCACACGUAAAACCAGGAACUGAUGCUUCUCUUCUGCCUGAUGCAUCAGUGCUCUCAAAGCCUAUUUUUCGUUUUGUGAGGGAUGUCCAUGCCAAUUUAGAAAUGAAUGACACUGUCUUUGAACUUCAAGAUAAUGAAAUAUUAAAUUCAUCUGUUAAAAAUUGUACAAGUUCUCCAGAGCCCAUAUUUGUCCAGAACAAAAUUCCUGUUCUGCACAUAAGUAAAACACAGCCUGCAAAAAUUGAGUCAAAAGAAAAAUAUAUAAAGGAUACUUUGAAUCCCAGUACUAUACCUGUUGAAGCAUCUGGGAACAUAACCCUUAAUGUGAAUCAAACAGCAGAGUGUUCUUUUUCUGAACAACAGAAGAAUGAAAAUUCAAAAGUCCUAACUCAGAAUGCUGCAGCGUAUUGGAAUGAACUUCCACAGUCUGCAUGUACCCCAAUAUAUAAUUCUUCCGAGCACUCAUUUGGAACUUCAUAUCCUUACUAUGCUUGGUGUGUCUAUCAUUACAGCAGCAGUAAUGGCAAUUCCAUUACCCAGACAUACCAGGGCAUAACGUCGUAUGAAGUACAGCCAUCUCCUUCUGGGAUGUUGACUGCAGUUGCAAGUACUGUCCAAAAUACACAUUCUAAUCUUUUGUACUCUCAAUAUUUUGGUUACUUUGCAGGAGAGCCACAAGCAAAUGACUUUGUGCCAGUGACUGGGUAUUUUCCAUCUCAAAUGCCUGUUUCUUACAAUUUUCAGCAGCCGAUUUUUUCACAGUAUGCCUCAUAUCAACCAUUACCACAAGAUGCAUACCCUUAUCCUCCUGAUUCAGGUGUGCUUCCAGAAGUUCCUUGGACUUCUGUUCCGUGGCAACAAGAACCCUUUCAGCCAGGACGUUGAAAAUAGUCUUCU